ACAUUCGUGACUGCUGAUGAAAUGACAAACACGUCCGUCGUGCAAUUGAAAAUCAACAUCGAGAAUUAAUAGUAUAAAAUCACGGAGAUUCGCGGUCAAAAAAGGAAUAUUUUGUUACUAUCUAGUGUUUAACCUUUCUCAAAAGCUGUGUUUUACAACGCAACAAUUGGAAAGCCUUUUGUAAACUAGUACGUCAGACUAAAGAAAGAAAACCGUAAUCAACGAGUGGUAUUCUAGCACUAAAGCAAUGACCUCCAUUGCUCCAGUUGAAACAACAACCGUGCAGGAUUCAAUUGUGGCUGCGAGCACAUCUCAGGAUGACGGUGGUGGUGUUGGUGGUAGUACUAUCGAUGAUCGCUACUGUUGGGUCUGCUUCGCCUCGGAAGAGGAUGACAAACUGGCCCCAUGGGUUCAACCGUGCAACUGUCGUGGUGCCACGAAAUGGGUACACCAAAGCUGCCUACAGCGAUGGGUAGAUGAGAAACAGAAAGGGAACACGUUCAAGAGGGUUAGCUGUCCGCAGUGUCAGAGUGAGUACAUCAUUGUACUACCGACUAUGGGAGCCCUGGCAAAUGUUUUAGAAGGAAUUGACACCGUGAUCAAGCAGAUUAGCCCAUUUCUGACCGCUGGAGUCAUUGUUGGUUCGAUAUACUGGACGGCCGUUACAUAUGGAGCGGUUACAGUUUUACAGACCGUCGGAUAUGAUGAAGGUAUAGCACUGAUGGAAAGAGCAGAACCAAUCGUAUUGCUGGUUGGACUUCCUGCGAUUCCCAUCGGACUUGUAUUCGGGAGAAUGAUUCGAUGGGAAGAGUUUGUGCUGCGGUUUCUACAGACCAAGUCAUUCAGCGUCCGGAAGUUUCCGAUGCUUAGUCUGUUGUUACCUAUAUCAAACUUGGAGGAUGAUCCGAUGUACAGCAGUGGUGCCAAUUCUCCUACAGCUCCAAACGCACUCCCGCCUGGAACGGUUAUAACGGCGGAUCCUCUCUCGGGAACCCGAUUAUUGUGCGGUGCUCUUCUGUUACCUACCAUUUCCGCCAUUGUGGGCAAUGUUUUCUUCGAUUCGAUUCGGAACAAUUUCCAACGGGCGCUGGUUGGUGGUUUUGCCUUUGUGAUGAUCAAAGGUGCCCUCAAGAUUUACUACAAACAAAAGCAGUUCAACCGCAAGAAGCAGCGACGUAUUCUGGAUUAUUCACCAGAGAACAUUCGGAAAUAUGGUGUGAACAAGGAGCAAAAGCAGUCGCAACAAAACCAGAAUCAGUCUGGACAACAUGGUCAGAAUGAGGCGCAGGCAUCAACCGAAACGGUUUAUCGGAAUGUGUUCUAAGCAUUGACACUUUUGAUAAUGUAGAUACUUUACCUUUACCUUAUAUUAUUGUCAGUUUUAAAUUUCUGCAUCCCGGUGCGAUGGAAGUAGUUUUAUACGGUCUUAACAUAAAUUUUGCAUCUUUGAAAUAACUAGACUACUUUUUCUGAGACGAUAUAAGAUACCAAGCAAACUGUUGAAUGUGAUAUGUAAACGUCACCAUUAUUUGGGUAAAUAAAUAUAUUUUUAGUUAACCGAUUUCA